AUGGGCAAGAAGAAAUUCAUCAACAAAUAGAAUGCUGCUACACUUAAAAUGGUUCAUUAACCAGGUGACAAUAAUCAAGGAGCUACAGACAUGAUUUGUUUCUAAAAAGUUAAUCAACCUGGUGCUCAAAAUGAUGAAUUGUAUUCUUAUCUUAAAAUAUUGUAGAUCUGAACUUAUUGAAAAAGAACUAAACAAAGGUAAAUUUGAUCCUAAUCUUAAACCUCGAAUCCCUUAAAUUGAUCCUACCUAAGAAGCUUUACAUUUGGUUGCAGGAAGAGAAGACCUUUGGAUUCAUCAAUUAGCUAAAUAAAAGGCUUUAUAAGCACUUAAAGAGAAAUAAGAAUAGUUCUAAGAUGUAGUAAUGAAACAUUAUGAUGAAAAUGGAUUACCUUUAGAUGGGUAUGAUUAUUCUUAACAUCUUGCUCCAGAAAGACGUAAUAAUUUUAUUAAUAUCAUAUCUUAGCUUAAGGAGAAGUAGAAUGUGUCUUUGUUGUUCCUGAAGAAGAGAGAUCAAAGGUAGUCUAUGAUAUUGAUUUCAAAAGAGAAGAAUUAACAAAAGAAUAAUAAGAAGUUUAUGAUUUAUUAAUGAAAGAAGAAGAAGAAGAAGAUGAAAAUAAUUAAGAUAAUUAAGAAGAAUUAGAUGAUGAUUUUGUUGCAAACUUAAUAUAAUAAAAUAAAUAGUAAUCCUUUUAAUAAGAAAAUGAGGAGAAAGUAGAAAAGAUAGAAAAAGUGGAGAAAGUAGUAGAAUCACCAAAAAAAUAAGUUAGAUUUUAAGAUCAAGUAGAAUCAGAUCAUGAUGAAGAUUAUGAAGAUGAAGAAGAAAUGGAAAUUACUUAUGAUAAAAAAUAAAUGAAUAAAAAAUCAUAAUAAUAAUAAUAAUAAUAAUAAAAAUAAUAAUAAUAAAAAUAGACUAAAUAAUAAUAAAGUGAUUCCGAUUCAGAAUUAGAAAUUGAUUCAGAUAUGGAAAGAGAAUUUGAAAGAGAAAUGAAUGCUUAUGAAGCACCUGAUGAUGAAGAUGAUGACCAAUAAAAUAAAGAUUUUGUUAAUGAUUAAAUGCUUAAUAAAGUUAUUGAUGAUCAUUUAAAUACUAUGACCAAAAAAUAAUAAAAAAAGUCUAAAAACUAAUAAAAAUCACAAGAUUAACCUGAAGAAACUGAAUGUAUUAUAUAUAUUCCAUAAAAUAUUUUAGAAUAAAGAGAAAGAAGACUUGAAUAUUUAAAAAAUACAGAUUAUAAUGAAUACUUAAGAUAGAAGUUCCCUAAUGCAGAUUUUUCUUAAUUCCAUUUAAAAAAGGAAAUACCACCACUUACUCCUGAAGAAGAUAUUGCAUUAUAGAAUUAUCUGAAUAGAGAAUCCAGUGAUGAAGAAUGUCCUGAUAUGGAACCAGCAGAAAAAUAUUAAGAAACUAUUGUUACUAAAUCUCUUCAUAAUACUACAAUGUCUAAAAUGAAUCCAGAUUAAUUGAACAUAAUUAAAUAUAAAUCAAAAAAUUAAGUAUCAAAUACUAAAGAAGAAAGAAUGAAAUAAAAAGAAGAAGAAAAAAAUAAAAUUAAAGAAUUAAAAUUAGAAAAAGAGAAAGUUAAAGAAGCAGUAUGUGGUAUAUAUAUUAAUUUUAUUUUAGAAACUUUGAAAUAAGUGGUAAUUAAAAAAGAAGAGACUCCUGAAGAAAAGAAACAUAGAAAAGAAUUAGUGAAAUAAUUGAAAUAAGCUUAAAAAGAGAAAAAAAAGGCAUUUAAAGAACAAUUAUAAACUAUGUCAAAAAAAUUAUAAAAAUAAAAAUUGGCUAAUAUUUAAAGUAAUUAAGCCGAAGGGAUUUCAAUUGUUAAAAUAGCUUGA